GUCUAACCCAACCAUGCUAAAUACUGAUAUGCGCUUCUGUGUUUGCGCAUCGCGUUUGUUGACUGUGUAAAUGAUAACAAAAGAAAGAGAAACUGAAACACAGUUCCAUUACAAGCAAACUGUUGUUAUCGCCACCAACAAACCUGAUUGUGCUUUUAAAUUUCGAAGAAAUGAUCUUCGUUUUAACUCUUGCUUUGCUCCUGCCUUCGUCCUGGGGUCUUCCUAGGGAUCUUGUAAUUAAGUUCGAGCGCAGUGUAUUGACGAACGGCACUGUGGUGGAGAGAAUCGUUGUCGAUGGCGCGUUUGACAGUUCUAUGGGACAGCAUCCUGUUGUCAGAUCAACUAAAGAUGAGGCUCUGAGGAUGAUCGUGGAGCGUGAUCGUGCAACAGCAAACAAUUGCACGUAUAUGCGUUUAAGAGAAUGCAACCUGCGGGGCUAUGAAGUCCUCAGACUGUCCGACCGGUUUCAGAUGAAUGGACGAGAUUAUCUGGUGUUAGAGCCACAAGCUGAUUCGUGGACGGUGUUGGUCCCUGAGGCGAAUGAUCUAAAGAAAACAUGGGCGCUGGAGACUGACCUCACGCGCCUUGAGAAAACUCAGUUGAAAGAAGAUUGCAAGGAGUUCGUUAAACAAAUCGAUGACAAGCAAAACCAAGAGGAGCUUGAAGUUUUGAGAGUGAUUGCUCCAGUUUUUACCACAGCUGUAUUCUUAGGAUUUGUUUUUACAAGCAUUCUUAUGUUCAAGCGGCAGGGUCAACAUCCAGGUGGUGUUAUAGGCUCAAUUAUACAUUACCCAGCCCAUCAUCAUGACGUUCCUUUAUUUGGACAGAAGUCCAGCACAGGGGCAGAGAUAAAACAACAAGUUACUCCAAUGCUGAAGGGUCUCUUUCAGCAGAGUUAAGUCACAGAUGAUCAAUUACCAAACCUGCCCCACCACAUUCAUCUGUCUGUACUGGCUCCGAUGUGAAUAGAGCUAACAAAAAAGCACACUCUUUAGGUAUUAUGGUAGUUAGGGGAUUUUAAUUCUUUAUUUUCUAAUAUAAAUUAGGAAAUAAAUUAGCAUGAGGCAAUCUUGAAAUAUUACAAGUAUUAAUAUAAACAAUAGGGUACUGUUGCAACAUGCACAAGUAUGUAUAUGUAUGUUAAUUGUGUAAAUGUACAUUUCUUUUCUUUAUGUUUUGAUGUUCCAAGAUAGUCACGUAAAACAUAAAUAAUGUGUUUCAGUGGUAACACUUAACAAUAAGGUUGUAUUUGUUAACAUUAAUGUAUAGCUAAAUCAGUGUUUCUCAAACUUUUUUUGCCAUUCCCCACUUUGGAGGUAGGAAAGGGUUCCGAGCCCCAUCUGUCCCCAAUCGCCCCAACAAAAUGGUAAUCAACUAGGCUUUAAGUUAAACUUUUGAAAUGUGUUUAACUACAUCAAUAUUUUAAAACAUUACAACAUUAACUUCUUACACCCUGAAGCUAUUUUCGCCUGGAUUUUGCCUACCCAAUUUCAAAAACUUCCCAUACCCACAUGCAGAGGUUUACAUACAAAAGUUUGGUAUCAUUUUACAGGAAACCCUUUGAAAUUACAUAAAACACUGUUGAAAGUGCUAAACAUGGUUGUAUGUGAUGUCAAUCCUAUAAUAAACACAAAAAUAAAUAG